AUGUGGUACACUAAAAAUGUCUACGUUAUCUGCGCUUUUGCCGCGAUAGGCGGUGGUCUUUUCGGUUUCGAUAUCUCGAGUAUGUCUGGUGUUCUUGGAACGCAGGCAUACGUCAGAUACUUCCAUAACCCUCAAUCUUAUGGCCAAGGUGGAAUAACCUGUGCUAUGCCUGCUGGAUCACUCGUCGGUGCUUUGUCUUCCUCUUUCAUCGCGGAUAGAUGGUCCAGACGAGCUAGUAUACAAAUCGCGUGUAUCUUUUGGAUUAUUGGUGCCAUUAUUCAAUGCGCUUCUGUCAACGUGGCCAUGUUGGUUGUCGGUCGAGUCAUUGCUGGUAUCUGCGUUGGUAUUGCUUCGUCGAUCUGUCCUGUCUAUCAAUCCGAGAUUGCACCAAAAGAGAUCAGAGGUCGAGUCGUCUCUCUUCAACAAUGGGCAAUCACAUGGGGCAUUCUUAUCCAAUACUUCAUCCAAUAUGGUGCUGCAACGAUUGGAGGUGGCGCGAGUAAUCCAAACCAACCUACCUCUGCUUUCCGAAUUCCUUGGGGUAUCCAGAUCGUUCCCGCCGUCAUUCUAUUCUUCGGAAUGUACUUUCUACCACGAUCUCCCAGAUGGUUGGCCUCCAAGGACAGAUGGGAGGAAGCGAUUAAGGUUAUUGCAGAUCUUCAUGGUGGCGGAAAUGUGAACCACCCAAAGGUUCUCGCGGAAUAUCAAGAAAUUGAGGAGGCUCUUCGAUUCGAACGUGAGGAAGCUGUCAGCAGUUACAAGCAGCUUGCAGCUCCACGCAUGUUCAAACGUGUUAUCUUGGGAAUGUCCAUCCAAAUGUGGUCCCAACUUUGUGGAAUGAACAUCAUGAUGUACUACAUCGUUUACAUCAUGCAAGGUGCAAAUAUUGCCAACCCAUUGAUUACAGCAUCCAUUCAGUAUAUUUUGAACGUGCUGUUGACCCUACCCGCAAUCAUCUACCUUGAUCGUUUCGGACGUCGCAAAGCCAUGCUCAUCGGUUCCGCUCUUAUGAUGAGUUUCCUUUUCAUUGCUGGUGGACUUCAAGCAGGCUACGGAGAACCCAAUAACACAAGCAAGACCCAGACUGAAGAAAAUAAAAACCUUACCUGGGUUGUCCACGAGAAGAAGGGUGUAUCGUCUGCUAUCGUCGCUAUGACAUACCUAUUUGUUUGUGCAUUUGCAACGACCUGGGGACCCUCAUCGUGGACAUACCCAGCCGAAAUCUUUCCAAACAAGAUUCGUGCGAAGGCUGUCUCUCUCGCGACCUCUUCCAAUUGGUUCUGGAACUGUGUUCUCGCUUUCGCAGUUCCACCAUUGUUAAAGAAUAUCAAUUGGAAGAUGUACAUGAUCUUUGGUACAUUCAACGCACUUGCUUUCAUUCACAUUUUCUUGGCGGCACCAGAGACUAAAGGAAGAACCCUCGAAGAAAUGGAUGAAGUUUUCAACAGUGGACUUCCAGCCUGGAAAUCACUUCCGAAGGGAUCAAGAUUGGACCAACUUGCCAAGGACAUCGAAGCUGGAGACCUCAAGGUCACAGCCCCAAUUGGUGGUGCUGGCAACGUUGGUGGCGUCGGCGGUGUUGGUGGCGUUGGCGUUGGCGGAGUCACUGGCGAAAAGCACACUCAUCACAACGAUGAUGUACUUACUCCAGACCGCACUCAUCAUCGCGAUGGGGUCACUAAUGUACAGCACGUUCAUCGUCACGAUAUCGAUGAUGAGAAGGCUACGGCGAUCUAA